AUGGAUCUAUGUAGCCGGAUUUAUAUAGGAUUAUUGGCGCUAUGCCAACUACCAUAUAUAUGUUUGGCUUGUCAAAUGGAUGGAAUCACAAAUUGGAAUCUACGUGCUGAAGUGAAUACACUUGAUACUCAAAUUGGAACAUUUUUUGAUCGAACCACGAGCAAUAUUCAACGCAUAGAAAACAUAGCGCACGGAGAAGGUCUAAACCGAGGUCCAUAUAUAGAAGUUAAACAUGAAGACUCGCGGUUCACAGUUGCUACAGUUGCAUCUUUUUCGGAUUACGAAAAAUAUGAAACAUCUAAGACUAUGAGAGUUACUGUAACGUUUAUCUGCUCUCCGGAAUCAAUGCCAUCAUCUCGUUCUCUGAUUCUCCAAAUCGCAAUAACAGACACGAACAACCAUGCACCGGAGUUCAUACCAACUAGUGGUUAUAAGUUCACUGUGACCCCACCCUUACCUCCAGGGUUCAUGGUGACAGGAUGCAAUAAUGAGAUAAUCGUAGAAGACAUCGACCUUACCACACAAAGAAUUGAAUUUACGAUGGACGACAAUCCCGAUUUUGAGAUACUCUUCGACAAAUCAACUGAAGCGAAACGUUUUUCAGCAAGUUUGAGAGUAAAGAGGUUUAUAAGAACGAUAUCUGAACCUCUGAAUUUUACAAUUAGUGCGACAGACGUCGAUGAAACCAACAACCCCUCACGUACGACAACCACGACGCUUCAAAUAAUACCAGAUACGCAAUUUCAAUUACCAGAUGAACUACAAUUUUCAAAGGCCUUCUACACAAUCAGUUAUAACGAAGAUCACAACCUAAUAACUGAUGAAAUGAUUUUCUUGACACGCGGUUAUGACGAUCUAGUUAAUUUUAGCUUAGAAGGAACACAUGCGAGUAACUUUAACAAAGUUGCAAUCGGAAAUAACGUAACGCUUACAGUAAGAACUCCACUAUCUUCGGAUAUUAUGCAGCAGAAUCAAUUAUAUCUGGUUCUUCGUGCUGAAAGAGAAGACACUAGCGGAACAACUGCUACUAUUAUAGUACAAUUGCCUGAUGCUAGGGUAUUGAGUUUCGACUCUUCAAAGUACCGAGGGAAAUUAGAAAAUAAUCAACUACAACAUAGCGUUAUCAGCUUGAGCGAAGGUUUUAAGGACGACGUAGUUUUUCGGUUACGUGGUGAUCUCUCUGACUACUUUACCGUUUCAAAUCAGCGAAAUCCAGUUAUUACUUUGAAGAGUAACAUUCCCCAAGAAAUUAUAAGGGCGAAUAGUUUUAUUCAUUUGGAAAUGACAGCAUCAGGAUCACAUACAACAACUGCGUCUACGGCGAUAAUAUUUGACAUUGUCAAAGAAGAUUUUAUUACACCUGUCUUUAGUCAGAAAGUUUACGAAGCACUUUAUGUAAAUGCGACGCAUAUGAAUAUUGAUGAUAUUAUGUUAAAUCAAGGAUAUGAUAACACUGUGAGAUUUCAACUACGCGGAGAACAUUUCAAUUAUUUUGCAUUAAACAAUGACGAAAGCAAUGUUUUGGUAACGUUGAAGUCUUCUAUACCGACCAAUGUUAUUCUUUCUGUAAAAUCCUUUAUUUUGUACAUAGUAGCUACAAAACCAAACACUGUAGGUGGAAACACAGCGCUUGUUGUAAGGUUUCCGAGAGAUUUAACGGAGCCCGAAGUAUUAAGGUUUUCCAAAAAUUCUUACCGUGGGACCUUAGAAAGAAAUGUUAUAACUAUCGAAGAUAUGAUUCUUGAAGAUGGAUUUACAGAUCAAGUCCGGUUUAUACCGAGUGGAGAAUACUCCGAGUUUUUCACAUUUACCAAUAGCGGAAAUAGACUACUUAUAACACCAAAGGAUGCAUUGUUAGAACAGGACUUAAGAAAUGUUAAUUUUAUAACGCUUGAUGUAGAAGCUCGAAAAACUGAUGCCAUAUCUAGCACGACCACUAUAGUUCUUAGCGUUGUAAAGGAAGAUAUUAUCCAGCCAGUAUUUGAAAAAGCUUAUUAUACGGGAGUAUAUAGCAAGAAUACUGGUUUACGAUUCAAUGAGAUUAUUAAAUUAUCGUCAGGUUUUGAUAGUACAGUGUCAUUUCAGUUAGAAGGAGAAUCGUCGCAAUGGUUCUAUAUAACCCAAAGCGAGAAUUCAAUUACGUUACUUAAAAAUACAACUAACGUAAUACCAAAUGAUGUUUUUGAAAAUAAUAAACAAAUAUGGUUCACUAUUGAAGCAUUAAAACCGGAAACAACUAGAGAAAGAUCUGUUAUAUCAAUUGAACUUCUGAAAGAAGAUAACUUAAACUUCGAAAAAGCAUAUUAUGUAGGCUCCUUGGAUAAUACUAUUGUUACCUUAGAAGCAAUAACAAUAACAGGAAACUACGAUGCAACAACUCAUCGAACCACAUUACACGGUGACUUAGCUAAUUAUUUCCGGAUUACUGGAGAAGGGCCAUCAAUAAGAAUUGUUCUAAAUCAAAAUCUGCCAGACAACGCUGUUCCUAAGAAUAAUUUAAUCACAUUAGAGAUACGUAUAUCAAAAUCAGAUCAGACGCUUGCUCGGGCGGCUAUAGUAAUAAAAGUGACAAGACAAGAAAUCAAUAAGACGAUUAGUUUCGAACGUGCCUACUACACUGGCCGUUUGACGUCAGCAAAGGAUCUACUUUUUGAGCAUACCAUUUCACUCGCUGAAGGUUACGACGACAGUGUUCAAUUUGACCUAGAAGGAGCUUCAUCAGAAUGGUUUUACAUAGUUCAAAAUAGUAAUUCAGUCAGACUGCACAAAAACACAACGAAUAUGAUUCCAAAUGAUGUUAUAGAAAAUAACAAUCAUAUUUUAUUCACUAUAGUGGCAAACAAGCCCGAAGCAGUUAAGGGGCAAGCUGUUAUAUCUAUAGAGCUUCUUCGAGAUACUACAAAUAAUAAAAUAGAAUUUGACAGACCAUAUUACGUCGGGUCUUUAAACGAAAGUACUUUAACAUUGGAACCGAUGGCACUAAUAGGAAACUAUGAGGAACCCCUUAUUACGACUUUGCAUGGCGCUCUGUCCACGUACUUUAAAAUCUCUCAGCAAGGAUCUACAGUCGGAGUGACUCUUGAGCGAGAUCUACCAAAUGAUUCUACUCCCAAAAAUAAUUUGAUAACAUUAGAGAUGCGUGUCUCGAAAUCGGAUCAGGCGCUGGCUCGGGCUACUUUAGUCUUAAAAGUAAUCAAACAAGAUGACACUAUUGAAUUACCAAAGCCAAUUCGUUUUGAUCGUCCCUAUUAUACAGGUCGCUUAACAUCAGAGAAAGUUUUGAUUUUUGAGCAGAGAAUGAGACUUGUUGAAGGCUACGAUGAAAAUAUUGAAUUUAGCCUAGAAGGAGAUUCAUCAAAAUGGUUUUAUAUCUCUCAAGAAGGAAACUCUGUAACAUUACAUAAAAAUACGACAAAUAUGAUACCAAACGAUAUUAUACAAAAUAACAAUAAUAUUAUAUUUACUGUUUCCGCUACUAAGCCAGAAACGGUUAUGGGCCAAGCAGUUAUUUCCAUUGAAAUUAUUCGAGAAACUGUAAAUAGCAAUAUAGAUUUUGAUAAACCAUAUUAUAUCGGAUCACUAAAUGAAAGUAUUCUAACAUUAGAAAUAAUAAAACUGACUGGAGAUAUUGAAGACUCUCAUAUGAUUACAUUGCACGGCGUCUUGUCCACAUACUUCAAAUCGUCAAGACAAGGAAAUACGGUCGGAGUGACUCUGAACCGCGACCUACCAGAUGAUUCUAUUCCUGAAAAUAAUUUGAUAACAUUAGAGAUGAGGGUCUCGCAAUCAGAUGAGGUGCUGCUAGCUCGAUCUACUAUUGUUCUAAGAGUUAUUAAACAAGACGACAAGGUACCACAGCCGGACUCAAUUCGUUUUGAUCGUCCGUAUUAUACAGGUCGUUUGACAUCAGAAAAGAACUUAAUUUUUGAGCAAAAAAUUACACUCGCCGAGGGCUACGAUACAAGUGUUCAGUUUUAUUUAGAUGGAGAUUCAUCACAAUGGUUCUACGUAUCAGAACAAGGGAAUUCAGUAACAUUACAUAAAAAUACAACCAAUAUGAUACCAAAUGAGGUUUUAGAAAAUAAUAGACAUAUUUUAUUUACAAUUGUGGCAAACAAGCCGGAUUCGGUAAUAGCACAGGCUACUAUAUCUAUAGAACUUCCUGGAGAAAGUGCAAUCAAUGUGGCCUUUGACAAAACGUAUUACGUUGGAUCUCUAAAUGACAGUAUUAUAUCUUUGGAACCAGUAACACUUACAGGGAACUACGAGGAAUCCGAUAGUAUCACAUUGAAUGGUGCGCUAUCCACAUAUUUCAAAAUCUCACGACAAGGAUCGGCUGUCGAGGUUGUUCUUGAGCGAAGCCUACCAGAAGAUUCUAUUCCAAGAAACAAUUUGAUAACACUUGAGAUGCGGAUCUCGAAAUCAGAGCAGGUGCUAGCUCGUGCUACCUUAGUUCUACAAGUCAUUAAUCAAGAUGAUAAUGUUCUACGACCAGACCCGAUUCGUUUCGAUCGCCCAUUUUAUACAGGUCGUUUGACAGCAGACAGAAACUUAAUAUUUGAGCAAAGAAUUACACUUACUAAUGGCUACGAUGACAAUGUUCAGUUUUAUCUGGAAGGGGAUUCAUCGCAAUGGUUCUACAUAUCUCGGCAAGACAAUUCAGUGACACUACAUAAAAAUACAACAAAUAUGAUACCCAACGAUGUCCUAGAAAAUAAUAGCCAUAUUCUAUUUACAAUUGUGGCCACUAAACCAGAAGCUGUAACGGGACAAGCAGUAAUAUCUGUUGAAAUUGUCCGUUCGUCGGAAAACGAUAAUAUAGAAUUUGAAAAAGCAUACUACGUCGGUUCAUACAAUCUAAAUAGAAAAACUUUAUCCUUAGAAUCAAUAAGACUGACAGGGAAUUAUGAUGAAUCCCAUUCUGUAACGUUACACGGAGAACUGGCCAAUUACUUUAGAUCUUCGCGAAAAGGGGCUCUGAUUGAUAUUACAAUGGAGCGAGAUCUCACGGAUGAUAUUAUUCCUAGCAACAAUUUAAUAACUAUAGAAAUUCGAGUGUCAAAAGCAGAUCAAAGUCUCGCCAGAGCUACAAUUGUUAUAAAAGUAAUAAGAGAAGAUAAUGUACCGAGACCACAGGUUAUGCGCUUUAAUCGUGCCUACUAUACAGGCCGCUUGACUUCUCAAAGGAACUUAAUAUUUGAUCAAGUAAUUUCACUUGCUGAUGGCUAUGAUCAAACUGUCAAAUUUGAACUACGAGGAGAUUCAGCGCAAUGGUUCACUUCUAGUACAAAUGGUAACGCAGUUACGUUACGUAAAAGUGAAACUAAUACAAUACCAGAUGAAGUAAUUAACAACAAUAAUCAAAUUUUAUUUACCAUUGUGGCGACUAAACCAGAAAAUGAAACAGCACAGUCGGUGAUUGUUUUAGAAAUUGUACGUGAAUCUAUAUCUGACACUGAAUUAGAUUUCAAUAAACUUCAUUAUAUUGGAUUUGUAAAUAAAACAAUGGUGACGUUGGAAUCAAUUACGGUAACAGGGAACUAUGACGAGACCGUAGAAAUUACUCUACACGGUGAUGGCGCAACCUAUUUCAGAACUUCCCGACAAGGAACUAUCAUAGAUAUCACGCUUAAAGAAAACCUUUCAGAGGAGUACAUUCGCAAUAAUGAUAUUGUAACCUUAGAAAUAAGAGGGACAAAACAAACUAAAAUCCUAGCUAGAGCUACUAUAGUUUUGCAAGUUAAAAAAGAUAAUGACGAUACUACAGAAGUUAAAGAAAGUCUUCGGUUUGAACGUGCUUAUUAUACUGGUCUAUACAAUUUACAGAAUAAUCUCGUUUUUGAUCAAACUCUAUCAGUCACCGAAGGAUAUGAUGAAACUGUAAAGUUUUCCUUAGAAGGAGAUCAGGCCAAAUGGUUCCGCUUAGAACAAUCAACAAUGACAGCAACAUUAAUAUUACGUGAACCCGUACCUUUAGAAGUAGUCAACAGUAAUAUAAAGCUUAUUUUUGUUGUGCGAGCUGAUAGAGACAGUGAUAAAGCAAUAACUAGAUCAUCUAUUGUUAUUACAAUAGAAAAAGGAGAACCAAGUUCUACAGUAAUGAGAUUUGAAAGACAAAACUACGUUGGUUCCAUUGAUGGCAAUAAUCUAAGCUUGGACCCGAUUGUGUUAACCGAAGGAUAUACAAACAUGGUCGCGUUUAAUUUACUUGGAGAACAUAAUGGCUAUUUCAGCAAAUCAAUUGAAGGAAAUACAGUCACUAUUCGUCUUCAACGAGAAAUACCAGAAGACAGUGUUCCGACUAAUCGAAUUAUUACGAUAAACAUCCGCGCAACAGCCCCACGAGCUAUCCCUGCGUAUGCAGCUAUAGUUUUCAAGGUUGCUGAAAAUAAAGAUACGCCACAGAAAUAUUUAAGGUUUGAGCAACCGUACUACUCAGGAUCAUACGCAGAAAACACUGGUUUAGUAUUUACUUCUGAAAUCAAACUCACGGCUGGUUUUGAUGAAGCAACUACAUUUACUUUAACUGGAGAGGAUUCAACUUGGUUCAAUAUCCGCCAAUCUGGGAAUUCAGCAACAUUACUACUGCGAAGCACUUUACCAGAAAAUGUGCUGAACAGCACCAGACAAUUCGUAUUCAUCGUGCAAGCCCAGAAACCAAGCGUCGAGGCCGUUCUUGCUCGAUCUGUUAUUAUCAUCGAGAUACAGAAUAAUCGAACACCGGAAUCUACAGCUGCAUUUGACAAAGUGCUUUACACGGGACGUUUAGAAAAUGGCCAACUUGCACACGAAACGAUUACAUUGUCAAAUCACGAUGCAGUGCAAAUCGCAGGCGAAUACAGACCAUUUUUCAAGGCAUCUGUGACAAAUGGAAUUGUGACUGUGGAGCUAACGUCCGCAAAUGUGCCGAGUGGCGUAACUUACGUCGCCCUUAGAUUGAUUGCAGCCGACGCUAACGCUGUUCUUCUUCUGGACGUCAUUCAAUCAGAUACACCUGUGGAACCACCGUCGUUAUCAUUUACGUCUUCGUCCUACAUACUCCAAGCUCUCAACUCCUUUAUCGGGAUAGUUGGAAGAGUGACAGCCACAGCGGAUAAUGGAGAAGCUGUAACGUAUUCCCUAGAUAUUCAAAAUGAUCACCUACAACAACGAAUAACGAUCAACAAUGCUGGUGAGAUCAGCUUGUCUGCUCCGACAGAAAUUGGUACUUACAACUUCCAAGUGACCGCUAGGACUGUUAUUUCUCGAGUCACGGCUUCUGCGACGGUGCAACUGACAGUGAUCGAUGCUACAGAUAACGCAAUCAAUCUUCCACCCCUCCUAGUCUUCGAGCGUGAUGAAGAAGCAGCUCACCUGAAUAUAGUGCAACUUGACCGCGCUAAGUAUCCAAACUGCCAAUAUAGACUAACAAACCGAUGGCCACCAAACCAACCUUGGUUAUACGUAGACGAGAAUGGCUUACAUGCAAGACCUAUAGAUAGAGAAGACAAAUCCAUCGCUUUCAUGCCAGUGUCACAAAUUCAAGUUGAACUGAAUUUAAUCUGUGACCAGCGCAGUAAACGGUCGUUGGAUACAGAUGCGCAAGAUUCGAGCGAUUAUGGAUCGAACAAAUGGGUUUUGACUGAGAGCAUAAUGCACAGUCCGAGAAAGACAUUAGUCAAUCUAAUAGUUAGUGAUAUUAAUGAUAACCCUCCAGUAUUCAAUGGGAAGGAACGGGAACCUUUGACGUUUGGAUACCCGCGCGGUGACAUAGAAGAAACAGUUUUACCGAGGGCGUUAGCUGAGUUGAAGGCAACAGAUGCUGAUAUUGGGGAAAAUGCAGAACUGCACUAUGCCAGUGCUGAUGAGAGGAUUGUCGUGUCUCCAGUCACUGGUUUUGUGCAUUUGAGGAACAACGUGGUGUUAGAAGAUAACACAAUCUUCACAAUUAACGCUAUCGAUAGAAACGGCACUGGUCUCAGAAGUUCCUUGGAAAUCUUGGUGAGAUUACUAGACAGGAACCAAGUAGCAGUUGUAACAAUGAGAAAUGCAUUUUUGGACGAUGAAAACAGAAUUCUGGAGGAGCUGACUCAGUCCGUUGGAUACGAAAUCAAGACUCUCAGAAGCACAGUUGUAUCUGAAUAUGAAGAAGCCAGAGCCCGACGAGAUGUCACAAGGGGUGUAUCGUUACGAAUGUAUGUGUAUGGUCUACGACAGCGUCAGCCGGUUGAUGUUACUAAAUUAACUCAGGACUUCGAGAAUAAUGACACUCCGGCCAAUCUAGCCCGUGUUGUAUCGCUCGAAGAUCAUCUAGAAAGUCUACAGAUAUGUCCAGUACCGGAACGUGACGUUGGAUUGUUAGCGGCGACCAUAGUUCUUGGUGUUCUCCUCUUUAUAGUGAUCGUAACUAUAGCGGUUUGGAUCUUCUUCAAACGGAAAAGUGCAGCCGAUUAUGAUCAAUUUAGUGACCAGAACAGCUUGCGUUCUCGAAAUGAAUCUAUUGAGUCACCAAAAGUCGAAGCUGUUUACACUACACCUAGACUGAACAUAGAGGAACUGCGCAAGAGUGGCAAGAAGCUCCAAGAAAGGUUAGAUGCUCCGAUAGAUGUAGCAUCAAAUCUUAAUGCUGGUAUCUCUGAAAAACCUAAAGAAGCGACUAUAAAUAUUUCGGAAUCAGAUUCUAAAGGACCUAUUGUUAUACAAUCUAUUGAUAAAUUGAAGGACAAUGCAGACGAAUCGGAAGAUGAUGAAUUUGGAGAGAGACCACGUACCAGACGAAAGUCCGUUGUGACGUUUAAUGAGAACGUUGAAAAGAUCAUACACUUGGAAGACAGAUCCCUAGAUGGAGAAUCCGACGUCGAAGUAUUUAAACUAUAA